CCUACCUGUCCAGUCCCGCUAUCUGAGGUGCUCUUUUUCUUUCCUGGCCCCGGGUCCCUAAGGUAGCGAGAGAGAGAGAAAGAUAUCAAGGCACAGCUACCUAUCGUUACCGCACUAUUUUACCUGCCUCCACUUCUUCUCCUGCGUCGCACUGAGAGCUGCAGCACACCUCACUCUCGCCUCCCGUCCUUCACUGCACUAACAUCUGCACCCGCCUGGCACACUCAAGCACCGCGACGGGUUUACUACGCCAUCGUCCCCAACUCUAAAAAUUCCACCCCCCGUCAGACAUAAACACGGGCACCUCACAAUCCAACCCUCGCGGCCCGCCCCUGACCUGACCGCGCUGCCUCCGACCUCGAAGCCUCUUUUUCCCUCCAACAACCCAAUUCACCACUCAGACCGCAUACUUUCGCUGGUUGUGAAUUCAACACUCCUUCACACUUUCAACCCCAUUGCGAGUCGACAAUACUUCAACGGCGGUGGGAAAAAAAAACACAGCAUCCUAAAUUAAGGAGACUCUCACCCAGCACCUGCUGUCAUCUGUCUUUGACGAUUCGGCCGUUACCCCUAACCUCAACGCCAACGACCAAAGGGGUAAAUCGACUUCUUCAACACCCCCCAACUUUCGCUGCCGUUUCCUUACUUUUCCACAACCGCAACCGGUCGAUCGCGUCUCUUUUUCCAACCCCGGAACAGGAUCAUUGUCUUGUCAAAUCGGCCAGGGGCCCCAUCGCCAAUCAUGGCGAACACGUUCGGCUUCGGUGCGGCUAUGCGCUCUCUCUGGCACGAUCUGACCAGCUACGACCGACACUCUACGAUUGACUCUCCUCACCGAACCGGUCGCCACGUUCCUCUGAAUCGCCAGAGCGGCAUCCUUACUUCCGUCGCGACAGCCUCCGAAUCCCGCGCCGAUGUAUCCUCUCCCUUCGCCGACGAUUAUAACAGAUUCUCGCGCGAGAAUAGCUACCAGGGCGGUGGCAUGCCCUACACACCAACUAGCCCCAACCCUUCUGCGCCCUACUCCCCAGGUCUGAGAUCUCAAUCUGCUCGCCGCGAAAGCCAGCACGAUGGCUUUGAGCUACAGAGCCCCGGAGACGUCCCCAUGCAGUCUUUCCAGGACGGCUCACCUCCUCCCCCUCCCGUUUCGCACUCGUGGAAGAAGAUUGACGCUUGGGCCGAAGAGCACUACCCUGAGCUGUGGGACCAGCUCUGCGAGGGAUGUACUGAUAACGAUCUCAACGAACUGGAGCAUCAACUCGACUGCUCCUUGCCCCUUGACGUGAGAGAGUCACUGAUGGUUCACGACGGCCAGGAGCGCCUGGGAAUGCCCACUGGUAUCAUCUUCGGCUCCAUGUUGCUUGACUGCGAGGAGAUCGUUCAGGAAUGGGACCAGUGGCGCAAGGUCAACCAGGAAUUCCUCUCAGAAGCGGCUUACCAAAGACCUGCCGCUCUCCCCAAGGCCCUCGGCAGCAGCAACCAGGCAUCGUCUUCCAGAGAACCCGCAUCUCCUGCGGUCGCGAACAAUGGCUCUUGGCGUCAGGACCUCAUUGCUCGCCAGGAUUGCGUGCCCCCCAACGCAGUGCAGCGAUCCUAUGCCCACCCAGCCUGGAUUCCUUUGGUGCGCGAUUGGGGUGGAAACAACCUGGCUGUCGACCUCGCUCCCGGUCCCAGCGGCAAAUGGGGGCAGAUUGUUCUCUUUGGUCGCGACUACGAUACCAAGUAUGUCAUUGCCCGCUCCUGGGCUCACUUCCUCGCCAUGGUCGCGGACGACCUCUCGUCCGGCAAGUGGUUUGUGGAUGAGGAGACCAACGAGCUCAAGUUGCGGGAGUUUAAGGAGACACGUGUUGAGCCUCCCUACUUUGGCAUUCUUCGAUGGCGCAUGGAUCAGAAGUACGGCCGAAGAGCUGCGAAGCGCAGAUCGGUUGCACCUACUAACAGGGCCGGAUCUCCCGCUGGAUCUGGCGCCAACUCGCCGUACACGAGCGCGAGCCCGACGUCAGCGGAGCCUAAUGGCGAACAACGAGGAAGAUCAAUGCAACGACUGGGAGGCACUUCUCCGAUUGCCAGCCCCAUUCGCCCCGUUUAUGGCAAGUCCAGCCCCCUGGCACGAGUGGCCGAGGAAACCCCUCUGCCGGAGCUGCAGACAAACGGCCUCAAGCCAACGAAGCUUGUCGAAGUCGAAACUCCCCGGCCGAGCGAAGAGACCCCCAAGGGCUCCCGCGUGUCGCUACUUUCGCACGUCGAGACCGCGGAGGGCGAAGGAAAGGAGAACACAAACCCCGCUGGCAAGAUGAAUGGCACCGCCAAAGCCAACGGCAAGCAACCUGAGGUAUCGGAGGAGCCGAUGAAGGAGAUCGAGAUAUAGAAGGUGUGCAAAACUGGAUACGACAGAACGACGAUACGGUUUCCCCUAUUCUCGGGGUCUUGUUACGCGACAAGGCCCGUCAUACAGCAAAACAUCGGCGUUUGAGGCGUCCGUGACUCUAAUCACUAUGAGAGGACGUCCGCAGGGGGUCAUACAACAUUGAAGACUUUUUUUUUCGAGCAUCAGGGAACACGGCGGCUGGGCUUAUUUCCAAGUCUAUUUUCUACUUCAUUUUUUCCUCCUUUUUGGGCUCUCUCUGGAAAGGGCCGGGACCGGAAUACGUCGGGUGGGCCUCUACCCAUUCUGAGGUUUCUGCAGUCUAUGGACAUAGCUGCGCGGCAUACGUACAUUUGCACCAACCUGCCAUAUUCGGCCAAUUCUCGUGGGCAGCCAGGCGGCUGUCUUGAGAUGGGUGUUGCGGACCACGUCCUCCUAGAUGAGGCGAAUGGGACGAUAAUAUCCCAAGCUGGAAUUGGUAGGCGUGCCGGUAAUUGUUAGUGUACUAUUAGGAC